AUGCCUGUGCAACUACUACCGGCUUCGGCCGCGGCCUUUGCGCCCCGCGCCUCGUCGGUCAACGUCGUCCUUGGCUCCAAGGUGGAACCCUGGCUUACCCAGACUCUCAAGCGCAUCAACCGUGUCAAGCGUCCUCUUAACAGUGUUCCCCAACACCAGCGGUGCCUGACCGAGACCCUUUCGUCACCAAACGCCAUCUGGACCCUCGCCUCUCUUAUGUUCCCCAAGGUCCCCGAGGCCGACAUGCCCACGGAUCCCAACGAGGCCCUCUUCAGCCACCAACUGGUCCACAUCGAGGCCUACAUUGUCCACGUCGACAUGGUUCUACGCAAUGAGGUGGCCUACAAGCUGACCACCGAUACUAUCGACGCCCUGGUCGAGUACCACAAGGAGGUUCACUGCGUUGACGUCAAGGCCGCCGUCCGCGACUGGCCCGAGAAGGAGCAGCAGGUCAAGAAGCUGCACGAUGACUACGUCCAGGCUAUCAACAAGUUUGUCUUCCGCGCCCACGUCUCCGCCCUCGAGGGCCUGGAGGAGGAGGGAGCCGGUGAGCUGCUUUGCGGCAAGAGCGAAGAGGUCAAGACGCAGCUCCUCGGUCUCAUGAAGCCCCUGCGUCCCCCGCCUCCUCGCGUCGUCAACCUCGUCCGCCAGCAGCCUACUCUUUUACCCAGCAACUCCCCGGUCCCCAUGACUAUGUGGUCCCAGCCUGUUGCUCCCCAGCCCAUGCCGUCGGUCGAUGCCUGGAGGAUACUCCCCUCGAGCCCUAGCGUCACCUCGUCCACCUCGCCUGGCUCUAACACAACCCCCGUUUGGGCCAACAUGGGCAUGAACGAGAUCCAGCUCCCCUCCCCCACCCCAUCCUUCAGCCAGCCUCACACCACCGCUCCCUUCUUCUUCAGCUCCCCAGAGGCCACCGCCCCGAUACCCUCCUUGCCCCUGCCUAGCAUGUUCGCCCCAUCUCAGUGCGGUGUCGGCAUCGGCAUGGGCACCAUGGGCAGCGGUAUGGAUGCCAUAUGCGGUAUGGGUCCUAUGGGUUCCAUGGGACCCAUGGGUAGUUUUGGAUGGGAUCGCUACCAGGAGUUUGCCACCAUCAUGUGA